AUGACAUCCACCGCACCCAAGAAUACUUAUCCCUGGGAUGAGUAUGAAGCUGCUCAUCAAAACACCUUCUCGCCGCCAAAUAUACCCAUCAAGCGUGCCAUUCCUCCAGGUGUGACUGAGGAAGCUUUCGACCAGGCCAUUGAAGCCUUGGCAGCAGUCGUUGGGAAAGAUCAGGUAUUUGUUGGGGGCGCUUUGUCGCAUUACAUUGAUCCCUUUGACAUCUGGGAUGAUGAUGAGAGUAAAAGAAAGGUUCCCGGAGCUGCAGUUGUUCCUGCUUCUGUCGAGGAGGUCCGCGCUAUCUUACACGUUGCCAAUCAGUUCAAUAUUCCUCUCUGGACGUUCUCUAGGGGCAAGAACCUUGGAUACGGCGGCCCUGCUCCUCGAAUCAAUGGAUCGGUAGCCCUGGAUCUACGUCGCAUGAAUAGGAUUCUAGAAGUCAACGAUGAGUUUUCCUAUUGCGUAGUUGAGCCUGGUGUAAGCUGGAAGCAAUUGAUUGAUUAUUGUGCAGAGCAUAAGAAAAAGGUCUGGCCAAGCACCCCAUCGCUAAGCUGGGGCAGUGUCACUGGCAAUACACUCGACCGUGGUACGGGUUUCGGAACGCAUUUCAAUCAUCACCAGUCCAUUUCUGGCCUUGAAGUCUUGCUUGCCGAUGGUGACGUUGUCCGUACUGGCCAAUUCUCCAUCGAUGGCUCCCCCAAUGCCUUCAUCUCAAAGUUCACCUAUGGCCCUUCAAUUGAAGGCCUGUUUCUCCAAAGCAACUUGGGAGUCGUCACCAAGCUUAGUCUGUGGAUGACCCCAACUCCACCUGCUUUCAUGGAAUGCACCUUGUGCGCUGAUGAGUUUCAACAUAUCGAACCGAUGGUGGAUCUGUUAGGUCCAAUGCGCCAGAAUGGUCUCAUCCCCAGCUGUGUCUGGUUUAUGGGGUGUUGGGAGAUCUUGUCAGCACGUGGUAAAAGAGUCGACUUCUGGGAAGGCCCAGGGCCCGUCCCAGCUUGGAGAAUGAGGGAGCUCUGUAAAGAGAUGGACUUACCGUACUGGACCGCCAGGUGGGGUUUUUGGGGCCCCAAGCGUGUAAUCCAAGCUCAAUUCGAUGAGAUAAAGGAAGCGGUUGAGAAGACACAACCCGCCCUCAAACUCAACGGCACUAUUUUCUCAGGGUGCAACGGGGGGCUCGUUGACAACAAGUCAAUUCCGGAGAUGAAUGCACUUCUUCUCACCGGCCAGUCCUCUCUAUUCAGUCUCCCUACCAUACAAUGGGCUUUGCCCAAGGACGGGUCUGGCAAGGGUGCCCACGGAGACUACGCCCCUCUCAUUCCAAAUUCUGGAAAGUUGACUCUAGAGUGGAUAAAGAAGAGCUACGAAUGUUACGAGAAGCGUGGCAUAGAACCGAUGAUUGACUUCUUCAUGCAUGAGCGUCAUAUCCUGAUGGUCAACAUGUUCAUGUAUGACCAGCAAAACACGCGAGACAGGAAGGCCAUCUAUGAUCUGUACCACGACUUUCACAAGUUGAGCAAGGAUCGAUGCUAUGGCAUGUACCGCGCUCACGUCAAUUACAUGGGCGAUAACUUCAAUAACUACGCAUACAACCGUUUUGUGGAGAAGAUAAAGGAUGCGGUUGAUCCAAAUGGUAUUCUAUCUCCGGGGAAAUCGGGCAUCUGGUCUAGUCGUUACCGGCACCUACGUGAGGCCUUUGAAGCAAAGAAGGGGAGCCAUUUGUAG